GUUCACUGUAAAAGUCAAAGGGUUAAUAGGAAAACGUGAGUGUCGGGAAAACAGGUGAUGUCUGCAAACAGUAAACAUGAACACAUCCUUGGAUGGAGGAACAGGACUGACGUCUGUAUAACUGGAAUUGUUUAGAGGUUAGGUAUAAAAGUGCGUAUCAGGACCACAGACAGUUCAGUAAGCAUUCUCAACAUCAGCACCAUGGUGAGCUGCCGGCUACCUCUUGUCUUCGUCUCUGUUUAUCUUUUCUUACUCCUUGUAUAUGGCGAUGAGACAGUUGGGAUCAGGUCUGCAGAGGCCACUGAUAACAGCAGCCAAGAGGAAAAAGAACUGAUAGAAGCGUUACAAGAUGUCCUGGAGAAACUCAAAAGUAAAAGGAUUCUUCCUCUGGACAAGAAGCUGGGAUGGGUGCCUUCGGUAAGGAAAAGCCUAGCGGAGAAUUGUGAUGCUGGUGAACAGUGUGCAGUAAGGAAAGGUGCACGGAUAGGAAAGCUUUGCAACUGCCCAAGGGGAACCACUUGUAACUUCUACAUUCUCAAAUGUUUGUAAGCAGAGAUACAUUUAACAAAGUGACAUAUGAAACUGGAGGAGAGAUUGUGUCUGGCAAGCAACAGAGACAACUAGAUCUGUUAUGUGUUCCCCUUUUUACCUCAUCUUUUUAGGUAAUCCACUGAAGGUGACAAAUUCAAGAAAGCCAAUUUAGCAACACAGUGUUCUCAGUUUACACUAUAAAAACAAAUUAGCUAAUGUAUUACUAUGAAACUCCAGUUUUGUUAAAAAAAUAAAAAAAAGUACAAAGAAGACAAAUUUAAACACAGACAUUUAGGCAACGUGUAUUGUAGAUUUUUACCUGCUUCUGCUCUUUAGAGAUUAAGAUUGCCAAUUCCAGUGCACUUGCUCAAAUAUAAUGCUAAUUGGGAGGUUCUGCAUUUACAUUAUUGACAUAUUUUUAGACAUUUCAUUUCCGAGUCUAAAAGGAAACACAAAGAACAGUAAACCUGAGAACAUUGCUAAGGGUGCCUAUAAUUUAAUCUCAAACUCUGCAUAGGGGAAAAACCAAUGAGCCACUUGCAGGAGCAAGUGAAUCAGAAAUCGGCAAGUCCUGCCUACAAAAUACUUUUUUUUGUUGGCGUAGUUAUAAGAAAAUACAUUUUCAUAAAAUCAUGGCCGAUUGCAGAUUCACAUGGAAAAGUACAUUUAUUAACAUUAAAUUGCAAAAAGGCUUUGGCAGCAGUUAUACAGUACAUGUUAUACUAAUUAACAAAACUGGAGUUUAACUUUAAAGACUUGAACAAAGACUUUUCUCUGCAGUGAAUUCCCACCUAUUAUACUGCUAGUCAAUGUACUGUACAUCUCUGUAUUGUGCACUUUUUCUGCACUGUUGUGUGUUUUCAAUGGAAUUUAAAGCUGGCCAUAGAAGCCAUAUGUUCAGUUUUCCUCUUGCACCUUUUUAAAAUAAAAGCAAGUGCAACAUU